CUUCUCUUCAGUGAAACCCUCAUUCCCAUCAAAAACUAAAGGGAUGUGGAGAGUCCGGAAAAGGGGCCACUUUGGGAUUUGGUCAUUCCCCUUAAUCAUCGCGGCUGUCUGUGCGCAGAGUGUCAAUGACCCUAGUAAUAUGUCGCUGGUUAAAGAGACGGUGGAUAGACUCCUGAAAGGCUAUGAUAUUCGCCUGAGACCCGAUUUUGGAGGUCCUCCCGUGGCUGUGGGAAUGAAUAUUGACAUUGCCAGCAUCGACAUGGUUUCCGAAGUCAAUAUGUGUGUAUGUGGACAAGGUGAUAGUAGCUCUGGUUUUACUCUCUAUGCAAUUGUUGGUUUGCUGUUUGACUUCUGA